CUCAGUGCUGGCAUGCCAGAACCUUCUGUAGAUCCUCCCUCCCUUAUCCUCCUGAUCCUCUUUGGAAUUCGUCCUGAACUCCCGGUCCGAUGAGCCCCUCACCGCAGACCCUCUUCCUACUCCUGCUCUGGACACACGGCCCAGUUCUAUCUGCAGUCCGGCAUGGGCUGCCCAUCCAGGAAGAUCGACUUCCUAGUGAAGUGGCGGGCCCGGCGCCCAGCCUGUCUCCUGAGCUGGCCUUCCUAGUGGACGCGGUGGGUCAGAACCGCCUGUGGCUGAUUGUAGCCCCUUCGCGCUCAGACUCCUAUUUGCGUAUGAUGGAGCAGCAGAUCCAGGACAUGGAGGCGGAGGGCCUGAACUGCCGUCUGGCGGCCAGGGACACAGUCAUCCUCACCAUCAUCCAGAACGCCAUGAUGGAGGGCACCCUGCGCCGCCACAGCUCCCAGGGCACCUCCACCGAGGAGACUUUGGAUCCAGAGACGGUCAGCAGGCUUCUCCACCACCUGCAGGUCCCAGAGCAGACCUUCUGCAUGGUCAUCCUGAAGAAGAACCUGCAGGAGAGCGUCCGGUUCCCCUACCCAGUGAGGGUGCAGGCCGUGCUGGAGGCCAUCGACCAAAUGCCCCUGCGCAAGCUGGAGCGCCUCACUGGCAAGGCGCCUCCGGUCAAGUGCAAGGUCUCCAAGAAAAAGGGGCAACUGAAGAAGAAGGUGCAGGGUCGGGGCUUCAGCGCCCUCCGGGGGAGAAAUCUCACCGUGGUGGCUAGACAGCGCAAACCCCUGGACAGGAAAUCUGCCCUGAGGAGCAAGGUACAGGACAUCCUCAGAGGCCAGUCCCGGUUUGUGAUCCGCAAGGGCUCCCCCCGGCCCAAAGUCCUGCCUGGCCCCACCCAGCAGCCGGUCGGCGAGACAGCCACCCGCAAGGACAGUGCCUCCUGGCGUUCGGAGGGCAAUAUGAAUGGCAACAACCAGGGAGGUAAAGGGGCUCAGAAGAGAGAUGGGGUGAACUCUGCGGAGCGUUCUGGGACAGAAAGAAGUUCUGCAAAGUCCACAAAAAAAGGCAAAGGAAAGAAGGAGAGGAAGAAGAAGAAAGAAAAGGGAAGAGGGAGAAAAUUAGAGCAGAAUGCAACAGAGAAAGAAAGAAAAGUGCUGAGGGCAUAUUUGGAGAAACACAGAGAGAGAAGGCGGCUUCUGGUGAUCGGUGCCCCCAGUAAAGAGGCUCCACAGUACAUCCAGCAGAGGUCAGAGACUGAGAAGCAUGGCUGUGAGCUGGGUCUGAGGAAUGUAUCCGUGGUAACGGUCCUGGGUGAUGCCACUGUGUCCCUGCAGCACUGUAUUCCCGAGGCGGAGUCCUGUCAACAGCAGGCCUCUGAGGAAUCCACCAAUCAGGAGCUUAUCUCGCAGCUGCGCGGGGAGUACGCCUUGCUGCCGGAGACCUUCCACGUGGUGCUAACUGACUAUGACCUCAAGCCAACGAAGGGUUUUGACAGCCCGGUGACCGGGACCGUCCUGAUGGACCACGUGGAUGCCCUCCCGUCAAGACAGGCUGAGCUGGGCAGGGGCAGGACGGCCUACAGGUCCUGCCCCCGCUCCCAGGACCAGGACGAAAGUGACAAGUCUUUGCUGAGGUUUGUGUCUAAGAGGAGGCUUCUGAUCAUCUCUGCCCCCUCAGAGGAUGACUACUCAUUCCAGCAGCAGCUGCAGGCCCUGGACGGACAGGCCUGCCCUCUGGGAAUACGGCAUUUUGCGUUGCUAAAGCUGGUUGGUGAAGGACCCUCAGCUUCUGGCUUUGUGGAGCUCUUUCCACUAAACGGGAAAAGCCAGACGGAGGUGGAGCGGCUCUCCACGGAUUCGGUGAACGGGCUUCGCGAACAGCUGAAAAUCAGCCGGGACUACUUCAGCAUGGCAGUGGUGGGCAAAGGCGGUGAUGUGAGCGCUUGGUUUCCCACCCCUAUGUGGUCGAUGGCCAGCAUCUAUGACCUUGUGGACUCUACAGAGUUGCGACAGCAGGAACAGAAACUGCAAGUCACCCUGGGAAUCGUGUGCCCAGAAGAUAAUGGUGGCAGAACUGAGGACAUCGGUGAAGAGAACUACCUCUACAGCAGGUCAGAAGACUGAGGGUGCACCAGUGACUCAGAAGGAGUCUCUCCACUCAUCACCAAAGCCACCCAGAGCUAUAACUUGGAGAAGGUUUGAUGGAUGAUCAACAGCAAGCAAAGUAGUUAACAACUUAGAUUUGGGAUCAAUGGGUAGGGAGUGAAAUCCUACUCAGAGUUUGUAAGAGGUACUUAACCUCACCUGCUAAGUACAAAAUCCAGAUUUACAGUGGAAAGUCACUGAAAGUGUCACUUUGGAUGAAAAUGCUGUGUAAAUAUCAUUUGCGGAAAUGUGAGACUGAGCUGUAGUUAUGGUGGGUCGUUAAGGGUGAGAUUUACUGGCAGUGUGAUUCUGCUGUCCAACCGAAUACUUCCUCUGUGUUAUUCAUUCAUUUGAAGCUGUCGGUAGUUUACCGUCAGGGUCAAACAAAGCUUAUUCCCCUGAGAAUAGUUCCACAUCCUUAGAACCUUUUUGCUGUAAUUCACAUCAGUUUGUUUUCUUCUAAACAUGUUAUGGUAUAGUUAACUAGUUUGUGUACAUAAACAAAGUAAGCAGAGUGAAUAUAGUAAAUCAUAUAACCGUUCAUUAAGCUUAAAACAUUAUAUGCAAAGAUAAUCAAGAUUGUAUGAACACGAGCAUGUCUCCAGAUGAAUAUUGGGCUGAGUGGGUCUGUCCUCACACACAGCAUGGAGAUGCUGCCCGGCUGCCCCCCCACCCC